ACAGAGACGCGAAUUACUGGUAGAAGGCCAGUCGUCCAGUACGGCUCACUACGGCAGGUCCGACGCUGAGGAGCUCGAACCGUGGCGCCCCUUCUGCUGCGUCGGUGGUCACAUCUACAGCACAUCUCGAGAUAAUCUUCAUCAGGCAAGGAAGCAUUUUAUCAGGUGAUUACAUCAUAACACAACAAAAUGUGUGACGACGACGCAACAGCGCUGGUGUGUGACAACGGCUCCGGCCUCUGUAAGGCUGGCUUCGCCGGUGAUGACGCUCCCCGCGCCGUAUUCCCCUCCAUCGUCGGCCGUCCUCGUCACCAGGGUGUGAUGGUCGGUAUGGGUCAGAAGGACGCCUACGUCGGUGACGAGGCCCAGAGCAAGCGAGGUAUCCUGACUCUCAAGUACCCCAUCGAGCACGGCAUCAUCACCAACUGGGACGACAUGGAGAAGAUCUGGCAUCACACCUUCUACAACGAACUGCGUGUUGCCCCUGAGGAGUCCCCCACACUCCUCACUGAGGCUCCCCUCAACCCCAAGGCCAACCGUGAGAAGAUGACCCAGAUCAUGUUCGAAACGUUCAGCUGCCCUGCCAUGUACGUGGCCAUCCAGGCCGUGCUGUCCCUGUACGCCUCUGGUCGUACCACAGGUAUCGUGCUGGACUCUGGUGAUGGCGUGUCUCACACUGUCCCCAUCUACGAAGGUUAUGCUCUUCCUCACGCCAUCAUGCGUCUUGACCUGGCUGGUCGUGACCUGACUGACUACCUGAUGAAGAUCUUAACUGAGCGUGGCUACUCCUUCACCACUACAGCUGAACGUGAAAUUGUCCGUGACAUCAAGGAGAAGUUGUGCUAUGUCGCUUUGGACUUUGAAAAUGAAAUGGCUCAGGCAGCUGCAUCAACAUCUCUCGACAAGUCCUACGAACUUCCCGACGGUCAGGUCAUCACCAUCGGCAACGAACGUUUCCGUGCUCCUGAGGCUCUCUUCCAGCCUUCUUUCCUGGGUAUGGAGUCUGUUGGUGUUCAUGAGACCGUACACUGUUCUAUCAUGAGGUGCGACAUUGACAUCAGGAAGGACCUGUUCGCCAACACAGUCAUGUCUGGUGGUACCACCAUGUACCCUGGUAUUGCUGACCGCAUGCAGAAGGAAAUUACUAAUCUGGCUCCCUCCACCAUCAAGAUAAAGAUCAUUGCUCCUCCCGAGCGUAAGUACUCCGUAUGGAUCGGUGGCUCCAUCCUGGCCUCUCUGUCCACGUUCCAAGCCAUGUGGGUGACCAAGGAGGAGUACGACGAGUCCGGCCCCGGCAUUGUCCACCGCAAGUGCUUCUAGAGAAAUGAGUAUUUUAUGCUCGAUUAAUUAAAGAUGCUAAGCACAUUAUAACCUUUUUAGUUCUUUUAACCUUUGUUAUUAUUUUCUAUUAAGUUAUUUCUGUUGUUUUAUUCUGUUUAUUCUUUAUGAAUUAUUGAUUGCAUUUUUCUUUAUUUGACAACCUAUAAAAGACAACACACAAGAAAGUUUUAAACAUGAAUA